AUGAACGCCCGUCUUCGACGGCUAAACAAGGAGAUUGCCGAUUGCAAAGCGGACAACACCAGCAUGAUCACUGUCGAUCUCGUGGACGAGAGCCCUUUCCACCUCAUAGGAUCAUUUCCAGGUCCCGCAGACACACCUUAUGAAGGAGGGCACUACGAAGUGGACAUAGUGAUCCCUGAGACAUAUCCAUUCCAGCCAGUCAAGAUGAAGUUCAUAACGAAAGUUUACCAUCCCAACGUCUCCUCAGCUUCUGGUGCUAUAUGUCUCGAUAUCUUGAAAGAUGCUUGGUCACCCGUUUUGACACUCAAAUCCACCCUCCUUUCUCUUCAAUCCCUGCUGUGCAGUCCCGAACCGAAUGACCCCCAGGAUGCGGAGGUUGCCAAACACUACUUGACAUCCCGACAAUCCUUCGAAGAGACUGCUAGAUAUUGGGCCGAAACCUACGCGGGUGCACCGCGAAAGGAGUCCAAAGACAGUGCCGCAGUGGCGCCACUAGACCCUGCGGGUCCACGAGACGAGAUAGCCAUAGCGGGCCUAGAUCGAUCACAUGUUGAUCAAUUCACCGCACUAGGAUUUCCUCAAAACAAAGUGAUCGAAGUUCUGAAGCGUUUGAACUAUCGAGGAUCAAAUGUUCAAAAUAUCCCCGACGAUCGCGUUGUGGAGGAGCUGCUGAAGUAG